CUGGAUGAGGGUCCUCAGGAGCACCUGCUCUGAGCCAUGGUGCCUUAUGCUUCUGUCAAGCCAAUUCUUUCCUUCCUUCUUGCAUUCAUCACUCAUUUCCUCAGUUCCUGUCCCUUGCCCGGUAUUGGCGAACAGACAUACUCUUCACAGACCUCACAGCUUAUAUAAGGGGCUGCCAUUAAACAGGCAAACAAACAAAUGGGACUUCAUCUGGCUUGGAUGUCCGUCCUCUAGUUUCUACCAUGCAAAAGCGGCAUUGAUCUCUAAGGUGGUAACAAUGUAAAAUCUCAUUCACUUGGAAAAUGUCUCACCACCCACAAACCUGGAUGUAAAUGGUGGCUCUAUGAAUAAGAACCAAACAUAAACCUUUUAUGUUUAUUCAUUGAAGGUUAUGUUUUCAGUUGACUAAAAUCGUUCUAAGUUCCACUAAAUAAGAUAAUUAUAGACACUUAGUAUCUCCAAGGAGAAGGGAAGGUUAUGUUCUCCUGUAAGUAUAAUUGUAUUCGUUUCAAGGGCCUAUGUACAUCUAACAGGGGAAAGAUGUUUUUCCCAUUAAUUUCUAAGCAGUUAGGAACUGCUUAGAAAUUAAAAGAAGUUAAAACUUCUGUUUUUAGUUAACUUCUUUUUAUAUUAAAGCAGGAGCUCCCUCUAGCAAGAAGAAUCUCUCUGGGGUACCAGCACACCUGGUUCCAUCUCCCAGGCGCUUGGCGAAACUGCAAGCAGAUGGCCAGAUGACAGAGCAUCUCUCUGGAACGCAAAUUCAUGCCAAGGACCUAGAAAAUCAGAGCCUGACUCCUGCCCAGAACCAACAGCUGGCUCAGGGUGGAGAAACCCAUCAAAAAGAGCUUUCCCCUGACAGCCGUCUCAAUCCUGAGCUUCCUCAACACCUGAGCUCAUCAGCCCUGGGGCUUUCUCACCAGGCCCAGGACCUAGCCCUAAACCCAGUGGAAGAGGAUGUCCGACAAUCAGAUAUUCCUCCAAAACAAAUAGCCACUGAGACCGAUGUCCCUGAUGUGAAAGCCAGUGAGGUGGGGCAGACUCCGGUCACCCCUGCUCUGGCGCCUCCUGCACACCCUUCCCCUCCCACCUCUCAUGGCCCUCAGCCAGGCCAGGACGAGGAGUCAGGGGAGGCCCAGGUAAGCCCCACUGGCCCUCCCCUGUCUGAACCUACACAGGGACCUGGUCCCACUCCCCUCAGCCCUCAGAGAAUUCAGGAUGAAGAAACUGAGUCAGCCAAACUUCCACCCAGCAGUUCCCACCAUGAUCUUCCAAAAGAUUCUUCCCACCCUGACUCGGUGCAGAAACCUGCUGGAGAUUCUCAGCAAGCUCUGAAGGAGGAAACCUCCAAACCGGAAGCCAUCCGGGUCAGUACCCCUUACCCAGCAUUGCCACAUCCCCAAGACUUAGCAACAGAUACCAAGCAGGCCCAGGCCAGGGAAGCCCCAAGGACCUUGCUUCCUAGAAGCCGGCUGGCUCCCACACGGCUGCCCCAGCCUCAGAUGCUGGCUCCCCUCCAGAGCAGGAGGCCCACCCCCAAACUCCUAUCACCCAGCAGGGAAGAGGCUUUAGGAGCAACCUCCAAUCAAACCAUGACUGCCUCUCCCAGGCCUCCACCAACCCAGGAAGCGGACAUGAGUAAACUGCCUCCCAUCAGCCCUCCCCACUCAAAACCACCGGCAAAUCUGAGCCCCCAGGAAGCCCACAGUCCUCAGCAAGUCCAGGCAGAGAAGGUCAGUGAGGUGAAACUCCCUCUGAUCAGUCCCCCCAGCCUUGAACAAGCAGCAUCCCCAGUCCCACCCAGGAGGAGGCGGCUCAGAAAGUGAGGCUUCCUUGCAUUCCUGCUCCUCUCCCAGAGCCACAGCUGCCCCAGAACUCCGGGAUUCAGACUGAUCCAGGCCUGCAAAGGAAAGGAAAGCUCCCCAAGGAGGUGACUCUCCAGGAGGAGGAUUCCAGACAUGCAAGCCUCACCCAUAACCAGGGGCCCCUGCAGCAGACAGGGGCUAGAGAAAAAAAACUCUCCAUCCAGAAAGGGACAGCUAGAGGACUGGCAACCCUGGA